AUGAGCGCGGCCAGUGAGGAGCUGAAGAAACAGCGCCCCAGUGCCGCCGGUCAGGAGCCGAAAACCCGGCGCCUCUCCUUCAUCAACUGCUCUGUAAAUCAGAUCGAAUCAGCCAUCCAAACCGAAUGGGCGGAUUGGCGGUUCAACGGUGAUUUCUGGUCGACCAUAUUGACUGGGGACCCAGCAAUCGAGUUCCGCGUGCUGAGCAAUCGGACACUGGAGUACUGGGUCAGGACGUACAACAGGUGGCAGGACAUGGGCCGAAGAUCCAAGUCCGCGCCGCCGAACAGGGCAGAUCUUGUGGAAUUAGAGCAGAUUCUGAAUAUGCCACGGCACCGUCUAAAGGACAUCUGCAAGCUCUUCGACUACCAAGGUUGGAAAAAACUCGACGCAGAAGGAAUGUCGCCUGCCGUCUUGCAGCGAGUCAAGAUCCCCGUAGUAUCUCUCAUGACCGCCGGUGUCAUGCUGUCGCAGAUCAUCGCACCGAAGCACAAGAUGCGCUUCAACUUCGGGAUGGCCGACCUGGAUGACAGUCGCACCCUAGACGAAGGUGAGUUCGUCAACUUUAUCACUGCUUUUAUCCGGGGGCUAGGCGCUGCCUUUGGGAUCUCCCAGAAGGACGGCGUCAUGCCUUCUCUGGAAGCCAUCCGCGAAAUCGGGCGGCGCCUCUACAACCGGAUCUCUGCGAAGGCGGCAGAGGCGCUGGUGAAAAUCUCGCGGACGGCUUCCAAGGAGACUCGGGCAGCUCUGAUCCAGGCCAUCAAGGAGCGGCAGCAGCACUUCGCGAAAGCUGCCUCCCUGGAGAGGCAGCUCUCCGUUGACGAGGUGCUGGAGGAGGAGCAGCCUCCUACUUCGAUGCCACGCACGCCGUCGAAGCACGUUGAGUGCGUGGCUGUCCGGCAGGUCUUGAACUUCGCCACGAUCGAGGCAGGGAAUCGCUUGGAGGGCCCUUCUCUCGAAAAGCUUUUGCAUCUCCUGAGUGCUAGCAUGGAUGCUCGGAACCAGAAGCAGAGCCCGUCAACGCUUCUGAGUGAUGAUUUUGCAGCUGAGGACCCUCUGGCACUGCCUUAUGCCCUGGCCUUCGAGCGCUUCUGCGCCCGCGGCAGUGGAGCGGUCCUGUUCUUGCGCGACGUCUUCAACUAUUGCAAGUCCGAGGGCUCCUUUCAGCUUACCUUCUCGGACCUGGAGUACGGGCUGCGGCGGAGCUUAACGCCGGACCUCUGGGACCUCGUGAGCGAUGCCAUGCGGAAGAUGUCCGAUGAGAUCCGAGGUCCGGCGACGUUCUUCCACUUCCUGAAGAAGGCAUACCCGGGCUGCCAGCCCAAGCAUCUCGCUACAUUCCAGGACUGGUGCAACCAGUACGACGAGCUGCAGCGGCGCAGCGCCGAGAUGGAUCUCCUCACCGAAGCGGCCGCGCUCUUCGAAAAGAAGAAUGCCAUGCCGAUCCUGCCCGUCGACGAUCAGGCGCGCUUAGAGAAGGAGUUCGAAGAGAUGGACAUGUUCGGCACGGGCUGCGUGGAAGUCGCCGCGAUUCAGCGCCGAUGGGACUGGGACGAGCAGAUGACACGGGACAUCAUUGCCAAGUACGACCUUUCGGAAGAUGGUUGCCUUGACAAGGGGGAUUUCCUCCGGAUGAUGUGCCCGGACGGCUUCCGACUGCCCUCCAUGCAGGCCUUUUCCGAUGCCUGCGACGACGGUUUCGGGCUGUUGUGCUGCCCGACCCGUUUCCUGGCCCCCUGUACAGAUUUGGGGGUUUCCGAAAAUUAG